AUGCGCGAGCAGUACACUCCCCGCUCACCCACGUCAAGAAGAGCCAACCACUCCGAGGCGCAAGACAGCAUGCGCGAGCAGUACACUCCCCGCUCACUCACGUCAAGAAGAGCCAACCUAUCCGAGGCGCCAGACAGCAUGCGCGAGCAGUACACUCCCCGCUCACCCACGUCAAGAAGAGCCAUCCACUCCGAGGCGCAAGACAGCAUGCGCGAGCAGUACACUCCCCGCUCACCCACGUCAAGAAGAGCCAACCACUCCGAGGCGCAAGACAGCAUGCGCGAGCAGUACACUUCCCGCUCACUCACGUCAAGAAGAGCCAACCACUCCAAGGCGCAAGACAGCAUGCGCGCGCAGUACACUCCCCGCUCACCCACGUCAAGAAGAGCCAACCACUCCUAA